AUGGGCGGCCGCAGCCGGCAGCUCGGCCCGUGGGGCCGGGGGUCCCCGGCAGCUCCCGAUUUCCACCACGGGAUCAGCCCCGGCUCGAACCCUGAGCCGGCGACCGGCCGCGGGGGCUCCGCACGCCCCGUCUCCCAGCCGGGACCCGGGGCAGACGGGGACCCGGCGGGGCUGGGGGUCUCCCGGGGCGGCCGUGACCCCUCCUGCCGCCGGGCUCCCUCCUCCCGGCACAGGCGCCGGCUGGUUUUUUCUCCCCAGCUCUUGCCCGGAGCGGCUGCCGGCAGGACAGACCCCUCCGGCCUGGCGCUGGCUCUGCCGGAGCCGGGGAGAGCUCGGACCGCUCAAAGCGUGCUGUGGCGGGAGCAGAGGCCGCUGCAGGGACCCACGCCGGCUCCUGCAGCCCCGUGGGCGAGACGGCGGAGCCGGCCUGGCCGGGCACGGGCAGCGACGGCCAUCCCGGUGCCAGGUGGCUGUGCCGACGCGUGGGGAAGGCUCAUCCCGGUGCCCGGGCGAGGAGCACAGCCCCGAGGCGGUGAGCGCCGGGGGACACCGGCGGCGAGGACGUGCCCGGUGAGGGACGGACGGACGGAUGGACGGAGGACCCCAGCCACGCCGGGAGCUGCGGAGCCCCCAGGAAGAAGCCGGGCUGCCUGCGCCCAGGCCGACGCUGCCGCCUGCCCCGCUCCUGGCUGGGGACAGCCCUGCCUCGCCCGGCCGGUGACGCCGCGGCUCCAGCUCAGUUGUUUGGGCCCCCGUUUGUUUUGGGUCCCGUUCCAGUUGCCGGUGCCGUCGGUUUGGUCGUGCGGGCUCCUGUCUGUUGCUGCUCCAGCUCGUGGACGGCUCCAGUUCCGUUUGCAGGCCCAGCUCAGCUUUGGUUCCUGUUCCAGCUCGUGGACGGCUCCGGCUCAUUUCCAUGCCCGCUUGCGGAUGGUUCCAGCUCGAGUUUGGCUGCAGCUCCCGCUCCUCGCCACUUCCAGUUGGUCUGCGGCUCCAGCUCGUGCUUGUUAAAACGAUCUUGGCUUUUGGCAAGGUCGUAAAUCAAUCACUGUCUUCACUUGCAUAUGAAUAUUAAAUGUCAUA